GUACACACGCACUAACUAUUGACACACAGCGAGCCCCCAAUUGUGACACACACGCGUGUGGUGCUUUCCUAUCCACCACCCGCCAGCACCGAGAUAUAUAUCACACCCAUACUAAUACCCACACCCCACGUGUCUGUCGUGUCUGCCGCCUCAUUUGGCCGCCCGUCACUGCUCCGCAAGCACGUAGCCCGCAUCUCUGCACACACACCAGCACCAUGACAGGACAGAAGCCAACCAGUUUGUACCAAGCGUGGCAGUCAGUUGUGUGUGCGCUUGCGUACUGGUCGAUCAUCUUCUCGACAUACUCCUCCAACUCCCCCUUGGCAAAAUCGUGUGCCGACAAGCUCUCGACUAGCUUAUCCAACCUGCAACACCACCACCGCACCACCACACACCACCACACACAACACCACACACACAACCAAUGUGCAGUUGCGUCGUCAUGGCCAGCUGUGCCUUCAUUCACUCAUCUGCGCCACUCACUCCACUCACUUGUCGAGUAUCUGCUCGGAUCUCUGCUUGAAGGCCUCGAAGGCGCCCUGCCGUGAGUGGUCCAGCAGCUUGCGAAACGCCGCCCGCUGCUGCUCCUUGUGCAUGCGCCUGACUACGAGAGCCAUGAUGCUGGCGGCCGCCUCCAUGCGCUUGGCCUGAUGCCGCACCACCUGCACCCCCAGGAUCGUCGUGAAGCGCACGAUGGCAUUCCACCCCUUGGCGUCGUGCUGGGGAGGGAGAGGGACGGGGUGGAGACCCUCAAAGGCGGGAUCAUGAGGCGCACUCGACUCGGGCAGGACGGCAUGGACCAAGUGAGGCGGCAGCUGGUGGUAAUACUCAUACUGGUCCUGCAUGAUAGCUAUCUUACGGCAUCCGCGGCCCAACGCAACGCUUCACCCCAGCAGC